AGUUCGACUCCCAGAAGUGUCGUUCUUUCUUAAUUGAAUUUCAGGCUUCUUCAUUAUUAAAUAGUCACAGCUCCCCGAACGCUGUACAGCGCAGCAACCCUGGGACGCUUUCAUUUUGAUUCGUAAUUUCCCAGGUAUGUAUGUAAGCCUUGAAUGCACCCAGAAUAUAUCUAAAAGAUCUUUGCUCGCUGCGAUUAGUAUGGAUACUGUGGCAGGCCGUCGCUGCAUCCGAGAGGGUGCGGGGUGCGACGUCGCAAGUCAAAGUCAAUAAUUUCAAUGGGCGGCGGGUAACGACUCUGUCAAAGGAAACAGCCUAGAACUUGUGGAUCUGAUCCCUGCACAGGUUGAAUAUCCACGGUACACACAUUCGACCCUAACGGCGUCCAGAUGGGAAUGAACAGCUUAGCCGGACACAUCAGCGUCAAGACGAAAUGAUAUACCACUGCUCGCAUCCCAGAUGGCGACUCUUUGCGGGCUACUGCCGUCUGCCCUGGGUCUACCUCUCCAUUCCGGUUUUUCUUUCUUUUUUGCAGCCUCUGGAGUGCUGUCACGAUGUCGCAGGCCGACACUGGUAUGAGCGAUGUAGAGUUCCUCGCGCUAGUCGCGGAGAAGGUCUUCGAAAUGCGGAUUGCCAACACCUUCGCCGUAGCGGCAACUACACUCCUUAUUUUCGAUUACCUUUUGACUCUGUCUGAAGAGAUCAAGUGCAUCUGGAAACGCAAGUUUACAGGUGUCACUAUACUCUUCUUUAUUAAUCGAUAUGUGACGCUAAUGUAUCGGAUCCUCAUGAUUGUCCAAAUGGUCUCGUUUGACAACCAAACGGAAAGCACGGCGAACGCGGGUUGGUAUCAGUAUCUCAUAUUUAUUUGCAGUUGUGCAAGUGUCCUGCGUUUCUGCGAAGGACUGGUAAUAAUUCUUGAAGUGACUGCUGCUGCGUUCAUGGCGAUACGUAUGUAUGCUAUAUGGAACGGCGACCGUAGGGUGUUCGCCGUCGUUUUCAUCCUCGGUCUUGUCACACCUGCAAUCAAUAUAUAUUAUUAUACCACACUUUCCGUCAUCGCACUACCACAGCCUCUCGUUGGUUGUGGAGAGGAAGUUGACUUGCAUACUCCGAUAGCUAUCAGCGUUUUCAAUCGAGUGUUUGCCAUUGGCCUUGAUGCUUUCAUUCUCAUUCUCACUUGGGCGAAGACGGCUGGAAUUAUGAGGAGCUUAGCGUCCGUUCAUAUCAGAACAUCUCUGACUACCAUGCUACUUAGAGAUGGAACUGUGUACUUUGCAUUUCUCUUGGUUCUCAACGUCGCCAAUCUUGUCGCCAUUAGCUACAACAUCUUUGGGGCACUACCCGCUUUGACCGAUGUCGUCACGUCCAUCUUGAUCACGCGGUUCCUGCUCAAUCUUCGAGGGGUUUACUCUUCUAACGGAGCCACUACCUCGUUCGACUUCGACAAGUCGAUGAGUGACGUCCGUUUCGCAAACGCAAGCGAUGUCGUUGGCAAUUUGGGUGCUCCACUUAAUUCGGUGUUGGAUAACGAGGAGGAUGAGAGGUAUUUCGUCGCUGAGGACCCUCUUCUCGCUGGGCUCCCGACGAGUACAUUGCCUACCGAAAAUGAGGUGGAUACAGUAGUUGACGACUUUGAUGACGCGUCAGUCAUUGACAUCAAGGCUGACUAUGACCAUGUAUGAUAGAAGGGAACUUAGGACAUUGUACUUGUAUAAACGGACAAUUUUUGAAAUGAACAUUUGGUGUAAUUAUCCAUAAUUUAUGACUUGUAUCCCUGCGACAUUUAGCGCAUCCUUUCAUAUCUCAUCCGUUUUAGCACGAUCGUCACGCAGGAGAUAGUAGUCUAGUAUCGACCAGUGAACGAUAUUCUUCACAACACCGGAAUCUACUAUGUCCCUAUAUGAGACGACAAGCCUACU